GCAUGACAUGGCGCUCAAAGGAAUGUAAUAUCAUGAUAAUAUCAUGGCACUUUUUGUUUUAUUUCAAAGUUUUUUACCUACAGUAUUUAUAAUGAUGUGAAGUACUCCCAAAAGCUAUAGGUAACUAUCAAAAUGAGCAGAGUAUUACAAUAUGAUCAAGAAACGAUAGUAGCAUGUGCUGAGGAUUUGGCCAUAUUAUAUAAUACCUUAUGUCAGCAAAUGUCAGUUCUUUGAAACAGUACAACAGCCCUUUUUUUCUCUUCACGUGUGUACAGUAUGUAUGUUAAUGGUAUUGCUGAAAGCUAAUUGUGAUGACAAGGAUGUCAUUGUGCUCUGUCAUGAUCAGUAAAGCUCAGUGAGUUUGACUGAAGCCACAAAAUUUGAGUUUGGCUCUUCACUUUCCAAUGUGUGACCUGCAAACUUUCCACAGAGCUGUCACAACUUCACCCUGAAGAAUAACAGUAAGAGUUGAAGAUAUGAAACUUCUGCUACUUCUGAUCAUGAUUUAUGGAGUGGAUGGACAAAUAAGGAGAGAUUCAAUUCAAACACAAAUCUCUGACACCACUUCACAAAAGAAGGAACUCACCCCUAUGACAAAUACAGCAUUCAAUGCCUGGUGUAAAAAAGAAAUGGGUGAUUUCUUGAAAACUGAUUGCGUCUAUACAGCAUUCAACGGCUGGUGUAAAAAAGAAAUUGAUGAUUUCUUGAACGCUGACUGCUCCUUACUGACACUGGCAACAUGGAGAUUUAAAACAUUAUGCCUAGGAGGACAACAAGAAGCUUUGGAAAAAAUCACUAAAAAGGAGAAGGAAUGCAUACACAGCAUUUUAAAAACAACGAAGGAAUCAAAGACCUACCAUUUUGCGGAUUUCGCUUUGACUGUGAUUUUGAUGAACAAGCAAACAAACAAGGCAGACAAUUGUGUACCAAUCACUGCUCCAAGUGUGUCUAAAAAAACUCAAACAAUACAGACAAUGAUCCCAGUGGAGCCUUUCCAGAAUGUCCCUGAGGACCAGCAGAAAGUUGGAGUAGUUACCUACGAUUCCAAUAUGCAGUUUAAUAUGAAUAAUUCUAUAAUGUCCCAAGUCAUACGGAUUGAAGUUCCUGGACGUGACACUGUGAAGCUGAAUUCGACCAAUCCACUUAUAAUACAUUUCCCAGUCAAUAAUUACACAAAUCACACAAACACAAGCUACAUAUAUUCCUGUCAAUACUAUGAUGAACACGGAAACAACACCUGGAAAACGGAUGGCUGUAACACCACUCAGCUCAGUGAUAAUCUUGUGGAGUGCUCCUGUAAUCACAUGACCCCGUUUGCUGUGCUUCUAGUUGAGGUGAUUAAUAUUGAUGAACGCCAGUGGGAAAUCUUGUCAUACAUCAGCUACGUUGGCUGCGGUCUGUCUGCAAUCUUUUCUGCUUGCUCUGUCUUGUCAUUCAUUUUCAACAGGAACUCAAGGGCAGAAGUGUCCAACAGAAUCCAUGUGUCUCUGAGUGGCGCUCUCUUUCUCCUCAACAUCAGCUUCAUGCUCAGCGAAUGGGCUGCCACACUGAGUGCCAAAGAAUUCUGUGUGUUUAUCGCUGUGAUGAUACACUACAGCCUGCUGAGUUGUUUCACCUGGAUGGCUGUUGAAGCCUUGCAUCUGUACCUUCUUCUCAUCAGAGUGUUCAACAUUUACGUCAAGUACUACAUGACCAAGUUGUCCCUGAUCGGAUGGGGAAUCCCUGCUGUUGUUAUUGGAAGUUUGCUGUCAAUUCAUAUCACUCGUCCUAUAUAUGGCACUAAGGAUGUGACGUUAGCAAAUUCUAAUGCAACAAAUGCAGUUUGUUGGAUCACAGAGCCUUUCAUCCUGUAUGGAGUGAACCUUCCCUACUUCACCGUCGUAUUCAUGUUCAAUUUAGCAGUCCUAAUCACAGUGUCCAGACAGAUCUUUAAGCUAAAGCAAGUGGAGAAAAAGAAGCACAAGAUAAUCCCAGUGAAGGACGCGGGCACAGUGCUGGGCCUCAUGUGUCUGCUGGGUACAUCAUGGGGUUUGGUCUUUCUUAGCUCUGGAUAUACCAACUACCCUAUACUCUACCUGUUCUGCAUUUCAAAUACAUUGCAAGGGUUUUCUAUCUUUCUGUGGAUGUUUCUGACAGCAAGGCCAGACAAACAGAAAGCAACUCAUACCAAGUCUUUAUCCACUGUGGACACCUUCCCCAUUGAGAAACAAAGGGAAAUAGCCCAUGCCUAACAUUUAUUUACCAGACUGCUAUCCUGCAACCAAAAUGGCUAGGCUCAAUAAAUAGCUUGAGUUUUUAUGGCUACAUGCUAUUGGAGUUUUAUUGGGAAACCUGUCUAAAAACAAUCUUUUUAUUUUUAUUUUUAUUUUUUAAACAGAAAAAAGAUCCAUGUGGUGCCACUAGUGGCACAACAAUUCGCAUGCUGUGUCUGAAAUCACCUUUAUAUCGCCUUAUACAGUGGACUAUUUCAAAGGGAAAACCAUUUCUAACCAUAGUGGACAUUAUCGAGUACACUCAUUCAAUCCCAUAAUGCACCACAAUAACAAGAGCAACCCCCGGUAUAUACUCAACGGCUAUAGAAUACCCAUAAUGCACUGCGAAGACCCCCAAUAUACUUCAAGUGAAAUCAAAGAACAAACUGGUGUGACGUCAUUUAGUUCAUUUAGAGUUUGUUUCAGUAUUUUGAAACAGUUCACCAAAGCAAACUUUCCAAAAAAGUUUGCGCCAUAGUAAACACUUUUAAACUGCCAUUGCUCCAUAGCAAUUGUGUAAUAAGUGAAUUUUAUUAAACUGGUUUCAGCCCUUAAGCGACUGAAUGUCAGUGGGCGGGGCCUAUGAUGUGAUGAUGAUGUAAAACCAUUCAUCAAUGUCUUUCUCUGGAGGCAGUCACGUGCAAAUUUAUUUGCCCAUGUGUCGUAACAGAUCACGCAAUAUCAAAACGAGCUGUUUUUGGAGCUUGAUUACAUAAAUGCUUUGUUUGUAACAAGGAGGAUGUUUUAAGCAAUGAAACCUGCAGCAUGUUUUAAUGGUACAAAGACUUAUAUGUUAAAAGAACAAUGCAAAUUUGAUUUCUCAAGUCAUGACCUCUUUAAUUGUGUUUUUUUUAUGUCUUUACCUUGUGAAUCUUUUAUAGUUGCUUGGGAGUAUUUUUUCAUAUGGAUAUUGUGUAAUAUUGUAUUGUCAAUAUUUGAGUGGCAUUUCAUGUAUGAAAGUGCUAUACAAAUAAAUGUUUAUUUUAUUAUUAUUAUUAUUAUUACUAUUACUAAUGUAUGUAUAGUGAAUGAUAGUACAGGAGGUGAUUUUAUAUAUAUUAGAUGAAGGAAAUCAGGGGUGGAGAACUAUCCCUUUUAAAACAGCAAACAAGAAAUACUUCUUGAACUUUUCUAAGAAAUUAAACUUGAACUUUAGAGAGUUGUGAGUAUUUCAUUUGUACUGGUCAUAGUAAAUUAUGGUAAUUUAUUUUUUCUUAUACUGUAUAUUUCCUAUACUGUUCAUUGAGCAUUUCAUUUACAUUUACCAAUAAAUCUGCAAGUCUAAAAUGCUGAGUUCAUGUGUGGGAUUGUCAAGUCAUUAGCAAUACAAAAAUACUGACGGCACUGUGAUUCCAGCGAAUGCAUGAACUGAUAAAACAUUUACCCUGACUGAAUACAAUGCAAGUUGCCUUGUUUAGAAGUAUCUGCCAAAUGCAU